AUGAUUUUGGUGUUUUUGGUACACCAGCAGAAGCCAGCGCUGCAUAAAAAGACGGCCCUCUGGCGGAAGUGUAAGCUGCAGACCUUCUUCGCCGAGAAGCAGCACAUCCGGUAUUUUGUAGUGGAUAAUACUAAAGAAGCCGCAGGAGCUUCAGACGCUAGUACAAAGAGCUUGGAUUCGGGAGAGGCAGACUUCUUCAAGCUAGUCGAUGAAGAUGUAGCCGUAGCAGAGGCAGAUGCCAAAGCAGAAGCCAAUAUCGUUCAUAGUUUCGAUAGCUAUAGAUCUACUGUAAUACUGUGGCUGAGACGGACGGGUAUCGAGGAGCACACGCGGGGCUUGAAGAAGGACGAGAUGCACACCUCUUUUGCGGUGCCAAAGAAUGCCGAGAGCGAGCCCGAGCUAUUCUUAAUGCUGGAGUUCCUGACGUUCUGCUACCGGGUCGUCUACUGCGGCAGCCACUUCACCACGGCCGACGACGACCAGCGGACCCCUGAGAGCUGCAUCCAGCUCACGGAUGCCCAGGAGAAGGCGUGGGAAGCGGCCUUCCAAAGUGCUGUCGAGCAGGACCGGCCUGCGCUAAGAGAUACUAUGUCCGUCCUCUCAAUGGCGCUGAUCUGCCACGAAUUUAGAGGCAAUUGGUACAGCUCCCUACUGCUUAGCUUCUGUGCUAUGCUCAGCGUUAAGCCGUACACUAAGACUUGGAAGGAACCGGGUAAUUACAACAGCUGCUUGUCUAGUGUGAUCUGGGUUGUGCAGCUAAUCAUCUUCCACACUAGCGCCUGUCUAGAGAAGGCGGAGCUAGGUGAUACGCUCGAGCGCAUUGAGCAGUAUUGCGGCUGUUUACUGUCUCGAAGGAGGUCGUUGGGCCGCACCAAGCACAGUGGGAUGUGGACGAGAAGGUCCUGACCUACCGGGACGUUGAUUUGCAUAUGGAUCACGUGCCGCGGCUCUUACUCUCCGACUUCUAGCAGGCUUAGCACCUACUCUACGACGAGCUAAUGUUCGGGGCCCAGAACCUCCCGCGGAUGCGUACUUGGGCUUUAAAGGACAACUUAGACGCCGAUGCCUUUGGCUAGUUCUUUAGCCAGCACCAGGAGAACGUUAAGCUAGUAAAGCCGCUAGCGAGGUCUUUGCUAACCGUUAUCCAAGACUCGAAGCCGUUGCGGGACUCGUUCCUGGAUGCCACCGCAGAUGGCGCUAAGGUCUGGCGAGGGAAGGCGAU